AUGCGUAAUAGUAAGCAUGCACAAUCAAAAAAGAUUGAAAAGACAAAUAAAGAGCCAGUUAUAAAAGAAAAGCAUAAAGAACUAAAUAAUAAAGAUGAAUCUGAAAAGAGCGAAGGAUCAAAAGGAAUAGUUUUGAAACGAAAGCCAUGUCCAAUUAGAGAUAAUGUAUUUCCUGAUGCCAACAAGCUGGAGAAGGAGCUGUUGAUGAACGGAACGAAGACAGACAAGAUAGAUAUUCUUACAUUGAUGGUUGAGCGAAACCCAUCGCCCGAAAACUUUAAAGGACUACUUGCAUUCUGUGAAAAUCAAAGGAAUGACGUUCAUUACUAUGUGCUCAAGAACAUCAGAGAUAUUCUUAUAUCAAAGAAGGGAGUCAAUGACUUUUACAUCAAACAGAGGAUCGUGCGAUCAUUUGAUGUUAAUCUACGGAAUGAAUAUAUUAAGAAGAAGGUACUGCGACUAGUUGUUGAUCUGUUGAAGAAGGAUAUUCUGUUUAUUGAUUUGCUUCAUCUAUUUGUUAACAAGCUUGGAGAUAAAAAAGAUAUUUCUGAUUAUGUGGUUGAUGAACUGAGCGAGCUGGUUCCUAAGAAUGAAGAGACUAUUAUUGAUGUGCUUGAGGAUUUUUAUUUCAAGAACGAUCUUUUCCGCUCACGACACACCUUUUUGAGGUUUGUUGCAAGGCUUGAUUUCAAGAACAAGAAAAAGGCAUUUGGACUGUUUAAUCUUAUUUUGAAAGAGUUUUGCCAGAGCAUGCCAGAAGAGCAUAAAAAUAUACUGCUUGAGGACAUAAUUGUUGGGCUUGGAAAGAACAUACAUAAAGAGCAGAUAAGCAAUGUGGAGAUAGUUAGAAAAGCAGUACAUACUGAAAAGAUGAUUUUCUAUGCAGGCAAAGUAUUAAUUAGUAUUAAGGAUGCUCAUACAGUUGAGUUUUUUAAGGAUGCAAUAAAGUCGCACAAGAUGAGGAACUCGAAGAGGAUGGUUGGAUUCAUGAACAUGGUGCAUGGAGCGAUUCUUAAAACCAAGGAUGUUGGGUUCUGCGCAUUUCUACUUGAUUUUUGCCUUAUGUACACAUCGGAGUAUAUUGUUUCAGCCCUUCUAAUAUGCUCAGAGGCAAGGAAGUUCAAAAUGAAAGGGUUUGAUAACAUGUAUGUGCUGAGGAUUCUUGCAUUGCAUCAGAAUGAUGUUGUUAGAAAGUUUGCGCUGCAGUUAAUUGGAGGAGAGGCGAUUCAUGCAUUUGAUCCAUUUGAUAAGACAAGCUUCACAAGUGCAGAAAUGAUGUGUCUUGAUCUUUAA